UUGGUGUUCCGAGGAGCACUGGAUGCCGACUUUGCAGAACCAGGAAGGUCAAAUGUGAUACUCUUAAGCCGUCCUGCGGCAACUGCAUCAAAUAUGGAGCAGAGAAAGCGGGCUCUGCUCGACGGGGCUAUCUGCUCCUUUGCUCUCCAACUUACUGGCAAAGCAAACUCCAAUGCCGACCUGGUCGCCAAAAGCAGAACUAUAUAUGGCUUGGCACUCAAUGAGUUACAGGCCGCUCUGCAACAUUCCUCAGAGUGGAAGGCAUCUGAGACCCUGUGCGCUGCUAUACUCUUAUGUUACUUUGAGCUGUUUGCUGGGACAGUGGUUCCCGAUACUUGGAUCCAACAUGCCAAAGGCAUUGGAACCUUGAUGGAGCAGCGAGGACCAGCAGCUCAUGCUGAAGGCUGGGACGCAGCUAUGCUGCUCUCAUGUCGUGGCAUUCUUACUGUAGGCGACAUGUUCUAUCCCGGAAAGGACCAAUUGUUCCUGUCGAGGCCAGCAUGGAGGCAUGUCACGUCUGAUGGCGGUAGACGUCUCAUCUAUGCUCCUGACGCCCCAAUUGAGCACAUCCGCAUCGGUGAUGGCUUCCUUGCAAACCUGGCCCAGCUCACGCCUAUUUUGCAUGGGGCUUAUCUUCUGAGAGAAGCUAACAAGGCUGGCAUAUUUGUCGAGCCUGACAAAAUCUCCGCCUUGGCCCACCUAGCCACCGUGGAACAUGCGAGAUUGGCGCGAUGGUUCGACGAUUUCAACGCGCUUGAGUUUCCAAGGCCGGUCGAGGCUCUGCCAACCGACCCGGCAAAUUCGUUGUUCGAGACAGUGCUGGAACAUAAGUCGGCAGCGGCCGGGUCGUUACUCAUGGGGUACUGGGCAAGUAUGCUCAUUCUAGAAGAGACACUGGUCGAGUGCGGGACACCGCGAGCUAACUCGGAGAUAUCCAUCCGGUAUUUCGUGGAACAGAUAUUGCGGUCGGUAGAGUCUGUGGGACGAGGCACCAUGGGGCCAUAUCGAAUUGGCUUCGCCAUACGGAUCGUGUAUGAAUUCGCUACUGGGCAAGAACAGAGAUGGAUUGCCAGCAUGCUGGAUAAGUUCUCACAAGGAUAUGCUGCUAUUGACAAGAAGACAUACCCUAAACCUAAGGAUGAUGACACUCAGCCUACAGGAGUUGUUCAGUCUGCAGCUUAG